AUGUCGUGUCUUGCUUGCCGUUCUCGCAAGAUCCAGUGCGAUACGACAAAGCCACGGUGUCUCCGUUGUCUCAAGUCAAAUGUCCCAUGUUACUAUAAGCCGCAGCCUACUGAUUCUUUAGCCUGUAUCCAGUGCAAACGUGGACGACGUCGCUGUUCGCGAACAAAGCCUACAUGUGAUAGAUGCAGACAGUUGGGGAAAGAGUGCGAGUAUCCUUCAGCUGCGACUGUCCAGUCGAUAGAGGUUCUUGACGCUCUUUAUGAGGCUCCAACGUCAGAGCUCGAGACGCUCUGUGAGUCUACAAUUCGUAGAGAUCCACCCUUCUUUGCAGGCAACUUUCUUGAUCAGCGAUUCAUCUCCAAGCUGCGCGAGGGCCAGGUCUCCAUGCCACUGGCCAAGGCUGUUGCGGGACUGUCGCUUGACCUCAUUGUUCCUGAGUACCGUUUGGUGAGUUUUUCCAACUACUGGUACGAGAGAUUGCUUUCGGACUCUCUACUUUCUGUGCCUUCUCUCGAUCAUCUUCAAGCGCUCCUCAUAACACUCAUAUGCGCGCGCAGCUCGGUCAAGCAUUUUCUUCUUAUUCCUGUGCUUUCCCGUAUGGCAUAUGGGCUCAUACUGAAUCACGAACUUAACUGGGUGAAGGACCCUUUUGAGAAAGAGAGACGUCGGCGCAUGGUUUGGAACAUUUUUGUUCUGGAUAAGAUAUACGCUGCAGGAGUACCGGAAUUUGUCUCGUGCGACGUCAAUCUGGUGUGUAUCCAUCCGCCAUCAACGAAUCCUACUUCGGAGCCCUCACCGUUUCGCACCCAGCUCCCACGCUACGUUGCACCUUUCAAUCUCUUUUCAUUGGUUGUGCACCUAGCACAAUUGAAAUACAACACCUUGAAUGCCGUGAAACUUGUUGAGCGUGGGUCCGGAUCUCUUCAAGAUGUCGCUCACGACAUCCAUUUGACUUUGGAUUUGCUUCCGGAUAAUCUCCGCUAUUCUGCGGCAAAUGUUGCGUCGCUGCCAGCAAAUCAGAAAUCUCUCUUCGUCAACAUGCAUCUCCUGCUUUUACUUAACCAAUGCGAUCUGAACCGACUUGACGGCCCAGCAAGAUCGCUUGAUCUUGCGCUCGCCAUUUCCGCGAUAGCACGCGACAACAUUCAUAUUCUUGCGAACUCACGCACAACCACCACGUUGGCAUUUGCACUAUUCGAGGCCUCAAGAAUCAUGAUUCAUGCUGGCCUCGAGGUGAAAUCAAACAUAGACGUCAUUACUGCCGCCAAAUGGGCAGAUCCGGACAUUGUUAAGAUCUUUUUGCGCGAGCUCUGUGAGGACCGCCUUUUCGGUGGUCUUCUCUCGCUCUCCGAGCUUCACCCGGCCCACAAUCUUUCCUGGUGUAUUUAG